AUGGACUCAUUAGUUGCACAGUACACGCGGCCGGCGUUCAGAGAGGAGGGCCAGACGCACGAAGAGCAGCAGGAGCUGUGCCAGGUCGCCCCAGAGCUGUCCCUCAAGUUUGCCCUGCCGCCAGUAGCUCAGUCCGCCUCAUGGCUGCGCGCAAUGACCGACGACUACUCGAACCCCAACUGCCCCAUCAAGAUCGCACACGGCACCACGACGCUCGCGUUCCGCUUCAAGGGCGGCAUCAUCGUAGCGACAGACUCGAGGGCAACAGCGGGCAACUGGAUUGCCUCGCAGACCGUCAAGAAGGUCAUCGAGAUCAACAACUGCCUGCUGGGCACCAUGGCCGGUGGCGCUGCUGACUGCCAAUACUGGCUGGCGUACCUGGGCAUGCAAUGCCGCCUCCACGAGCUCCGACACAAGCGCCGCAUUUCCGUCGCUGCAGCCUCCAAGAUCCUCGCCAACCUCGUCUACUCAUAUAAGGGCAUGGGCCUGUCAAUGGGCACCAUGUGCGCAGGCGUCACGCCCCAAGAAGGCCCCGCACUCUACUACAUUGACAGCGACGGCACGCGCCUCGCAGGCAACCUCUUCUGCGUCGGUUCCGGUCAAACCUUCGCCUACGGCGUGCUCGACGCGAAUUACAAGUACGACCUUUCAGACGAGGACGCCCUCGAGCUCGGCAGGCGGAGUAUUCUCGCUGCUACCCACCGUGACGCGUACUCUGGAGGUUUCAUCAACUUGUACCACGUCAAGGAGGAUGGCUGGGUGAAACACGGCUUCAACGAUACCAACCCGAUCUUCUGGGAGACCAAGCUGAACAAGGGCGAGUUCUCCAAUGUGACGUCGGAGCUGGUAUAA